GCCGUAGCACUCACCAGAGCGUCGGGGGUACGGCGCCAGAACGCACGCUUGCCCCGACGACCAUGGCCUUGGUUGCACUCGCGCUCCUCCUCCUUGCCUUCACCGUAUCUCUCUUGUACCUCCUUCGUAAGCCCACUCCUCCGCGCAGCGGCAGCGAUGGAACGCGGAGGCGCCAGCUGCCGCCAUCGCCGCGCGGCAUGCCGCUCCUUGGCCACCUCCAUCUCCUGGGCUCCCUGCCUCACCGUGCGCUCCGAUCGUUGGCCGCAGCGCACGGCCCGGUCCUGCUGCUCCGGCUCGGCCGCGUGCCAGCCGUGCUCGUGUCCUCGGCUGUCGCGGCGGAGGAGGUGAUGAGGACCCGCGACCUGGCCUUCGCGAGCCGCCCGCCCAGCGCCAUGGCCGAGCGGCUCCUCUACGGGCGCGACGUGGCGUUCGCGCCCUACGGCGAGUACUGGCGCCAGGCGCGCCGCGUGUGCGUGGUCCACCUCCUCAGCCCGCUCCGCAUCCUCUCCUUCCGCCGCGUCCGGGAAGAGGAGGCCGCCGCGCUGGUCGACCGCGUCCGCGACGCGGGGGCUGGCGGCGCCGUCGUCGACCUGUGCGAGCCUCUUCUCGUCUACGCCAACACGGUCGUCUCGCGCGCCGCGUUCGGGGACAAGAGCGCGCGCGGCUUGUACGUCGAUGGUGACAAGGGACGCGUGCUGAGGAAGGUGUUCACGGACUUCGAGGAGCUGCUCGGCACGGCGCCUCUGGGGGAGCUCCUGCCGGGGCUUGGGUGGGUGGACGCCGUGAAGGGGACGGAGGGCAAGAUCAGAAGGACGUUCGAGGCGCUGGACGGUGUGCUCGAGAAGGUGAUAGACGACCACCGCCACCGGCGUCAAGCCGGCCGGCAGAAGGGCGAGGACAGCGACGAUCACUGGGAUUUCGUGGACGUGCUGUUGGACGUGAACGAGACGGACAACGAAGUUGGCAUUCGGCUCGAUACGAUCGAAAUCAAGGCUAUAAUCCUGGACAUGUUCGCGGCGGGGACGGACACCACGAGCACGGCGAUGGAGUGGGCCAUUGCGGAGCUCAUCGCCCACCCAAACAGCAUGAGGAAGCUCCAGGACGAGAUCCGGGCGGUCAUCGGCGUCGCCGAUCAGCACGUCGUCACCGAGGACCACUUGGACAAGCUGCUCUAUCUCAAGGCCGUGGUGAAGGAGACGCUGCGCCUGCACCCUCCGAUCCCUCUCCUCGUGCCACGAGAGCCACCCAACGACGCCGAGAUACUCGGCUACCACGUCCCGGCGCGCACACGGGUGGUGAUCAACGCGUGGGCCAUCGGCCGGGACCCGGCGACGUGGGAUCGCGCGGAGGAGUUCGUGCCGGAGAGGUUCCUCGACAGCGCCGUGGACUACAGGGGCCAGGACUUUGAGCUCAUACCGUUCGGCGCCGGCCGGCGGGGGUGCCCCGGUGUUGGGUUCGCCGUGCCCACCGUGGAGAUGGCGCUCGCGAGCUUGCUGUACAAUUUCGACCUGGCGCCGGCCGCCGGGACUUCGCUGGACUUGCGCGAGGUCAACGGCCUCUCCGUGCGCCUCAAGUCUGGCCUGCCGCUCGUCGCUAAACCGCGGUUUUCGUGAAUUAACUGGUUGGGUUGUACCGUACAUAAUUAUACUAUUCGUGUGAAAUGACUUUAUACAGUGUACGGGAGGUCCCGUACACGUCUCCUCCGUUCA